AUGGGGGGAGCGGCGAAUGGGCUACGGGUCCUGCCAGCCUCGGAUGGGCUCAGCCAGUUAUUCUGCCCAGAAUAUUUGCAGACGUUGGGGGCGGCAGAUCCCCCUACUACAAACAGGCACAGGCUAAUCCUCGCCUCUGGCCGAAAGCAGAACCUCCCUGGUGGAACUGGGGUUGGAAAAGGCACGCAGAAUCCCAGGACAAGUCGGAGCAGGGUUUCUAACCUGCUGACGGUGCAACACACCUGUACCUUCUCGCUCAGCCCAGAGCCUGAGCCAAGAAACUUGCACAAUGACACAUUUCAGAGCGAAAACCCACAUCUCCAGUUUACUGGAUUAAUUACACAAGGACGUCUUCCAUUCUCGAGCAGUGAGACGAUACAGAGAAGGCUCGGAGUGACUUUCUUUCUGGUUUUGUUUCCGCAGUGGUGGGAAGUAGACAGCGGCUCAGCGAAGCUGGAUCCCAUGCCUGGCAAGGGCUCUGCAGAGGAGACCGCGUGCCCGCUCCUCGCCCCCAAUCAGAUCAAGCGCGAGGACGAAGACUUCAGCUCCUACUUGGACUUGGACCUCUUCCUGUCAGAUCUGACCGGCGUGGAGCCUGGGGCUAGCGCCACCGUGCCAGCCGGCUACCCCCUGGCAGAUGGGCCAGGGGUCGGCAAAGUGAAGAGGGAGGCUGAGAAUGGCAUGGACUGGAAUGGCCCUGACACACCCCACACCAGCCUGGUGGCCGAACUUUUGUCCUCCGAGGUCCAAACUGGACAUCCGGCCAAUCAGACCAACUGCGUUGACCCCCGCAGCAAAACCUACACCAACCUGGGGGCCAUCGAUCACAGCUUGCCAGCCUCGGUGAUGGAUAAACUGGUCAACCAGCCGCACGCGUUAACGGGAGCCACAGGGCACGGGUUCCAGAAGCAGGCUGGCAUGGCCUCUGCCACUCCCUUGGCCAAUCCGCUGGCAGAUGAGAAACCCGUUGUAAUGCCAAAAAGCCACAUGCCCAGCCCCCUGGUCCACCCGUACUACCCUCCAGCGCAGUUGGGCCAAGGCCCAGGAGAUCUCAGACCACAGGCCCGCAGCCAGUUACAGAUUUCCCAGCAUUAUCGGUAUUGCCAGCUCCAACAACCGCUGCCCCUUGGCUACCACAUUCUGUCCCGAUACCCAUCCUACUACUCACAUCAGCCGCCACCCCACCAGUAUCAGGGGCAGGUCCAUUUCUACACGUCUGACUUCAAAGCUGCCCACUCCAUACAGGGCACAGUCCUGCCACCAUCUCCUCCCUCCUCCUCCUCCUCCUUGUUGGCUUUGGUGCCACCUGCGCCAGAGGAGGCCAAGGUGAAGCGGAGCAGGAGGACAUGGUCUCGGAAGCGUGCCACCACCCACACCUGUGACUACCCCGGCUGCGGCAAGAUCUACACCAAGAGCUCCCACUUGAAGGCCCACCUCCGUACCCACACAGGUGAGAAGCCAUACCAAUGUACAUGGGAAGGUUGCAGCUGGAAGUUUGCCCGUUCCGAUGAACUGACCCGUCAUUACCGCAAGCACACGGGGCACCGUCCCUUCCAGUGCCACCUGUGUGAGCGGGCUUUCUCCAGGUCGGACCACCUAGCUCUUCACAUGAAGAGGCACAUGUGACCCUCCAUCGCCUCUCCUCCCGAACAAACAGGGUGCGACACAUGUGGACCAUCUCCUGGGCCCCUCGGAGACCAACAUCCCACUCCGGAUGCAGUGACUCCCUCCCUUCCUUCCGCUGAGAGGAGGGGGGCAACAUGAUGGUGAUUCAAUGAGGGACAUAAGGGAGCAAAGGGCAAGGGGCAAGGUUGUGGCAUUCCAAAGUUGGGGGGGCGGGGGUGGUGGUCAAGGACUACACCGGGGAGGAGAUUAUAUGAAAAAAACUCAACAUAAGCAAGACUUUCCACGCCUUAAACAAACUGCACCGGGGCGUUGUGUAUGCUGGAUUGGGAAAGUGCUUGACUUGUUGGCUGCGCGGUUAGGGGAAGGAGACAGUAAUGCCCCACCCCCUCCCCCCUUGAGUGACAGACCCUCACCCUCUCAUCAUGUAGACAUCCUGCUGGUUUUGCCCAGGGCCACUGACCGCGGGUUCCACCGCCCGGUUAGUUUGCCACUGCCACCUGCCUGGAGGUUUGGCCAUGCCUUGGAGGUGGGUACAUGCUCUAGACACCUUGCGAUGUAGAAACAGCCUCUGACAAAUGGACCCGCUGACACCCGCCGGAGGUGCCAGUUUCCGUUGGGUUUGGCUGUGCCAGUCAGCACCUGGGGGAGUGGAGGUGAGGGUCUUUGCCCCCCCCCCCAUUUCCAGGGAGUGUACAUUGUGUGACCUCCUUCUGGGUGGUUACACGCCCCUUGUCUCACUCCCCCUGUGUGGACUGAAAUCAUUCUACCCAACGUUGGCCGUUGCUCACCUGGCAUUAAAAAUUGGACACAUUGGUGCCUGGCAGAGCCUGACGGUCUCUGAGGGGAAGUCCGUGAUUGAUUGAAGACCUCCGCACUCCACCCCCAUCCCCCCUGCAAUCGAUCAGCAAAUGUAUUGAGCGGGUGGCCAGCUCCACAUGCGCACGCACGCACGUGCAUUUGUCUACCCACCAGGACCGUCCCUCGAAACCUUGCGUUGCAUAUUGCCCAAACGGCGCGCCCUCUGCCUGCCACCCCUCUUGGGAAUUGUGUGGCGUGGAGGUUGGGCAGGGAAGGUAGUGGCAGUGCAAUUCCUGCCAGUAGUCACUGAGUCGUCCCCUCCCCACUGCAACGAACCAGAGAGUCUCCCCCCCCAACCCCCAACCCCACCCCUUCCAGCUCCUGGCAUAGCCAACGUACGACAGGAGCCAGCCUGAGCUGGGAACACUGCUCUGGGGUUGACUGCUGGGGUUUUUUUUUGAGACCUGGGCAUCCAGAACGCGUGCCUGUGUUUUAGGCGUGUUGAGCGCUGGCUCAGUGGGACCACCGUGGGUGACCUACAGUCUCCCCUGUGUUCGUCAAAGCCUGACAAAAUGGCCGCGCUUCCAGAGAGCCUGUUGCCUAGCAAUGGUGAGCUGUUCCAGGUCGGAAGAGACAUGGUUGAGGAGCAGCAGACAUUGAUCUUAAAGGUUUCAGCGAAGCAGGUUAUUGUCAGAAAUUUACUCUGCCUGUUAUAGGAUUCACAUUCCUGUAUCGCAUCGGUGACUUUUGACCUCCUGCAUUGACCGUCCAAUGGAUCUAUGCCUCUGCUCAAACUGUUGACAACCUCCUCCCAAGGGCAGGAAUAUGCAACGAUAAACCAGGGAAUUGACACAGAUGAGGUCACGCAGAUAUUUGUUGACUCUGGCUCCCUGAUGUCAGAGAGAAAGCUUUGAACAGAUUUCAGGGUAAAGGCCUUAAAAAAGCCUUUAAGGCCAACCACAGAGCCCAGGCCCCAAUCUCACCAACACUCCCCUUUCUCAUGUUGUGAAUCCUCCCUCCCCAGGUUCACCCAUAUAUGCCGCCCUCCCCCACCCUGCCCAGAAUAACCUUCUCCACAAAUGCCAAACCCAACCUCUACACCCAACCCCUAGCCUCUCAAUUCCAACCGGCCAUCUUGGUCCAACCCCCACUUACCCAUUUCCUCUCUAUCCAUCUUCUCCCUGCUCCCUGAUCCAAUGUUCCCACCUUCUCUCUACUUCUUCCCACACCUUCUUCCACUCCCUUCCAAUCCCAUCCACCCACUAUCACCCCAACCCAAGUUUCACAGCCUCUCCUCAAACUCUCAUUUCCACAUUCUCCUCAAUCCCAUCUACCUUUUCGCCAAAUUCUGUCAACCCAGGUCUCCCUAAACCCAGACCCUCCUCCCUCAGUCCCAUCUCCUCCAGCCUACUAUACCUUGCUCCACCUGUAUCUCUCUGUCCUUUAUCACGGUACAAAUCCACCCACUUCCCUUUUGUUCCCAUUCCCGUCACUAUCCUUCUGUGGUGCCUUGCCCCACAAUUCGGAGUGGAAGAAUUGAAUCAGAUUUUCUUGCUGUCGAUAUUUUAGCAGGUUCUGACCUCUUGCUGUUGCAAUUUGCCAGAGAUCAGUCCGCAGUUCACUGUAAAUACCCCCGGUCUGUAUCGAAGAGAAUUCUAGGUGAGAUAGGUUUUCCCCUGAGUAUCUCAGCCUUGUUUAGGGCGGAGUGAUUAUUUUGUAAUUUUGCUCUGAUGGUUAUGUUGAAAUAAAGUGUAAAGAUUAAUUCCUUUCA